AUGAGUUCUGAUCCAGCAUCGGCCUCAUACCUGUCAGAUACCAGCAAGUAUGGGUAUGACUUUGUCGUGUCCACCACUCAAGCAUCUAUCAACUCGGGCCUGCUUGAAUACCUGGACAGUGACAGCCUGCCGGAGAUGUACAUUUGCUAUUACGCAGACAGUAAUGCGAACAUUGUCGGUGAGAUCAGUCUUGAUGAUGUUAAGGAGCAGUCUGGCUUCAACCCCUUCGACAUCCCCGAUGGUACCGACUACGAUGAUCCUCGCAUCACUGCCCUCACUACCAAGGCCAAGUUCAUCGUGGGUAUCCGGAUGAAGCUGGGGCUGCCACCAGAUAUCCUACCCAAGGACUUACCCAAACCGGUCGUCGAAUUUGGCAGCAGUAUCAAUGACAUAACAUUCCACAUGUACUGUCGAGAAUGUGACGUGAUCCAGAACUCGCCUGCCAGUGGAUUUGGCGGCGCGGGCCAAUGGCAGGUCUGGAGCCAGCCAAGAGACGAGGCAUGGUAUGUCGAGACAGAGGUCAGCCUGGUACAGAAGGAUCUGGACAAAAGUCUGGAUACUCCAUACCUUAACCAAAAUCCCACCAUACAGCAGCAGCUCCGUGACCAGUUAGAGAAUUUGUCCGGUACGGCCUUCAGCCUGUCACAGCUCCUCUUCGACUUGGAGAAUGCGAAAGCCAAGACAGUCCCAUCAUUCGGGGGUGUUGGCGAGAAAGCCCAGACGGUACUGAACGAGUCUUACAUCAAAUUCUACGCCGAUGAUACCGCGGGAAUACCGUUGGUGGCUGUAACUGCAACGGCUGAGACUGCCGACAGCGGGUCGCUGACCCUGACCAGUCUCGAUCGCCAGCUCACGUUGAACGACAACGAUAGCAGGGUAUCGACCCUGGACUUCCUCUGCGCAACUGACGGCCACACCCAGCCAGCCACAAUGCCCUUCACCUGGAAUUGGGUGGCACCCGCAGAUGUUAACAGCGAGAGUGGCGUCAUGGCCAUCAAUCGGAAUACCUUUGCCGCAUAUCUGAAAGACCAGCUGGUGGAGAUGGUACGACCCGCGUGUAUUGCUGUGGAAAAGGUCACUGUUAACGGCGAAUGGGACUUUUUGGAUGCUGAUUGGUCCUAUUAUUGCCUGUUAGCUGCUGGUUACAGCCCACAAACAACCACCGUCUUGACCGACGCCAGCAGCCCUGAAGCAAUUCAUCUUGAAUUUAACAGCGAGAAACUGGAUUCGGCUCAUCUUGAUCUGUGGUAUUCUAAGCUCUGGGUCAAGACCAAGUAUACCUGCGAUGUUAGCUUUGAGAGUACCAACAUCAUUCGAAUCGUGCAGCGCGAGGUAAUCUGGGCCGAGGUUCUGGUGGACAGCUCUGGCGCUGACGGCAACAUCGCUGAUUAUACGCUCGACGAGACAUAUUCACUCUCUGUCAAUCAGUCGGGUAAUCUGCAGCUCAUCACUGAGAGCAGCGAGCAGACGAACGACUCGGUUGAUCCUAGCGUCAGUGGCUUCCUCGACUUUUUCACCGGCAUCAACGAUGUCUUUGACGGGCUUGAGGAGAAAUUUACCGGUUUCGCCAGCAAGGAGCUUCAGCAGGUGUCCUUUAAACCUAUGCGGAGUUUUGUGUUUCCGGGAGCGCAGGUCUUUACCUUCAAUCAACCACGCUUCUCCAAUUACGGGGAUCUGCUUUGCGGCAUCACAUAUGUGAAGCCAAGCACACAGGCUGCUCCUGCCCGCAAGGCUUUGGCCUCUAGCCAAGCUACCUCACACCAGCUGAGCGCGUCGUGUGAGCUGAUGCAAAACUAUGUGGCUGGAAGCCUGGUCUCGCCCACUGGGAAGUUCACUGCUCUACAGACAAAGGCUGGCCUAAGUCUGGUCUUCGCGCUCGAUACAGCAGGAGCCUUACAUGUCUUUGAGGAGCAGAGUGGCACAACACAUACCGGCUGGCAAGUGCGCGACCUCUCCUCCGCGACGCUGAAGAACGCCUUCGCAGACCGAACCGACGUUGUCGUGCGUGACUUUGAUGUUGCUCAAAGCGCCAUCGAUGGUUCUAUCAGUCUAAUGAUGGCAGCUACUGUAGACGAAAAUGAUCAUCUUUUCGUCUCCUUGCUCAACUCCAGCUCUGACCCCUCGUGGACCAGCUCGCCUAUCUGGAGCCCCAUCCCUUUUGACGCCGAAUUAUCCUCGUCCGAGAAUACAGCAGAUAGCAUCACCAUCACGGGCAUGCUCUUUGCCGAGGUAUUUAGCAAAAAGCAGUACAUAAUCGUGGACACCGAGCGCGGGAGCGGCGACGCCACAGCCAAGGACAUCACUCGUUAUGUCGUCAAUGCGGCGGCCGCCGAGGGGUCUCGCUGGGUCAAGGCAGACAUCCCCGUCGAUGUCGAGGAGACCAGGUAUCAGAGCUGCGUAGGCCGCAUAUACGGCGAACGCAUCGACGGAGUUUACACCAGUGGUCAGGCAGGAGAGUCAUCGCAGCUGGUGUAUGUGCCUCUGGAAAAUGUUUAUGGGGAUGGUCCCCCGGAGCCUACCCGUCUGAGCCUCCCCAGUGGCAUGCAUCCCACAGCCAUUGCGGUGGCGCGCGAUGCCAACCUCGACUCCGAUAAAUUUGGUGGCACCGAACUGUACGCGGUUAGCGAUGCUACUCUCUAUCUCUAUGAUACUGUAGCCCAACAACAGGGAACAGCCCCCAACGCACUUAUCACAAACGAUUCCCUCUCCGGAACCGAUACACUAUUCGCGAUGAUGCAGGAUGGGGUGACCACUCUUUGGGGCAAGAACGGCAACGACGUCGUCUAUUACCUCACUUGCCCCAAUACUCAGCUAUCAGUGCCGGGAGCUUGGUCGGUUCCAGUCCCUCUUCUGACGGGAAUCGAGCGACUUUCGCCGUACGUGAACCUUGCCGAUGGCGGCCGAACCCUCUUUGCCGCGGGAGCAGGCGCAAUCCAGAAAAUCGUGCAGAAACCCAGCACAGCUGGUAGCAUAUGGCGACCUCAGCGCAUCACUUUGGCAGCUACUGCACCUACUGAGCCUGCUCUCUCGUUCAACUCCUACACCACCACAGUGCAGGUAGUUGGCACAGAUAAGAUGCCCGUUCGAGAUGCGUCUCUGGCCAUUUCCGCUGAAACAUCCACCCCAGCUUACAUCAAUGGGCUUUACUACGUGCUAGGCGGUACUCCAGUGACUGUGAAGACCGACGCCAUGGGGACUGUGACGGUGAUUGAAGCCACGGAAGAUCUUCAAGGUACCCCUUUGACCGUGGAGAUAGCGGAUGACAGCAGCACCACACCGCUGGUCGUCCGCCCACUGGACACGGCGUGGAAGAAGCUUUCCCAGUUGAACUCCACUCAGAAUUUGCGUGCUGCUAAGGUGCCGACUGAUACUGUUGCGGGAGGUGUACUCGGGUCAACUGAGACAACAUCGCUGGUCGAUUCGGCCGCUGAUGACAGCGACGUGCAGGCUACUGCGGCUGCCAUGGAUCAGCUGGGUACCACUUGGUCGAGCAUCCAGAGUGGAACGACUCGCGCCUUGGUCAGAAACCGGGGCGUUGUCCCAGCCACCUUCUACCAAGGACAUCCUGGAAACAACGAUCGGGGUCUCUUUGACUGGAUUGGUAUGGCUGCUGGAGAUCUCUUCCGUUGGUUGGAGACGGGAGUGGAAGCUGUGGUUGAGGUCAUCAAGGAUGCCGCGACGGAAGCGUGGCAUUUUAUCGCACAUAUCGCGGGUGAGGUGUAUGCGGCGGUCUUGGAUACUGUGGAGGCUAUCGUGGGUGCUGUUAAGUGGCUGUUCAACGCCAUCAAAACGGCUAUUGAGGCUAUCAUCCGCUUCGUCCAAUUUCUCUUUGAGUGGGACGAUAUCCGGCGCACCAAGAACAUCCUACAUAACCUCGUUAUCUUGGGCACAAAGAACCAGAUCAGCCAGUUGUCCCAGAUUAAAACUGAUUUCAAUUCCAGUGUGGCUGCUGUGGAGCAGAGUGUCAACUCCUGGGCUGGGUUCGAGGAAUGGUCGAAGCUCGGGGACCCUGCCAGCGAGACGGCGGCGGGCAGCAGCGCCAAUCCAGCGGAGGGCCAGACAUCAGGCUCACAGCUUCUGUCCUCCCAUUUCCGCAACCAUGCCAGUGACCUCACUAUCGUCGGUGAUGCUCCCUCGGCAAGCGUGGCUGAAGACCUGGUCACUAAGCUGCUAGACGCGCUGUCCGCAGAGGGGGAGGUUCUGGGAGAUUUCUACAGCCGACUGAAGAGUUUAGCUACCGACUUCAGCUCACUGAGCAUUGAGGAGGUGCUGCGACAUCUAGCCGGCAUAUUCGUGGACGGAUUACUGUCCAGCGCGCAGGUAGUAGUGGAUGCAUUAAUUGAUUUCAUCCAAAGCUUUGCCGAUGAAGCCAUGUCCCUGCUGGAUGCUAAGCUCCAUAUCCCCGUUAUCUCUGAUAUCUUGAACUUCCUGGGCGUCCCUGAUAUCUCUUUCUUGGACCUUUUUAUGUGGAUCGGAGCUGUCGCCUACACCGUUGUAUACAAGGUGGUGAACAACGAGCCCCCAUUUCCCGACGAUGACAACUCCGCUGCUCUCAUCGCCGCAAGCAGCUGGGACGAGUUGGAACAGUUGUUAUCUUCAACAUCAACUGCCCCGCGCGCGCUCUCCCCAACCGUCCAGCAGUCCAUUUUCACGUCCGCCAAUGCAAUGAGCGGGAUGAUAUUAUUCAUCGGCAACAUCGUUCUAGUCCUGGAGGCAGAGGCGCCGACGGCGGGUAACACCCUCAGCUCUUUGGCAGCGGUCAUCAAGCUCAUAGUUGUGGCAAGUGUGGGGGGCGGAAACCUAUUGGCACCGAAGGAUCCUAUCAAAGACUCAGGUUUAAAGGUACUGUCGCGCGUUUGCUUUGGACUGGAUAUCGCCACCAGUUUUCUUGGAUUCACACCCGUCUAUGGCAAGCUCGCGACUACCACGAGCAAGUUCCCAGACUUGUUGCCGAGUGACGGACGGGCUGUGAGUGCUGUCUUCAAGUCACUUCUCCUCAUCCCCAAGUUGAUGGUUACAUCGUACCACUUGUAUGAACUGACCAGCGAAGAGGCUGGUGCGGCGCGGUCUGCGGCUAUCGUUGGGGAGGUAGCUAACCUCACCGGAGCGGUGGCGACAAUCUCGUAUGCGGCUGCAGUGAAUGAUAAGGAACUGGAAAGCCGACAGGUUCCGAUCGGGGUUAUGGCGCUGUGUGUUGAUCUUUGGUCUGGAUUGCUGGUUGCUGAUGCAUUGAUCCAUUGA